AUUUGUUUGCUUCAAUACAAAACCAAACUUCUCUCCAUUAACAUCCAUUUCCUUCUUCUGUAUAAGUUAUAUAAAAAUCUAGAUUCCCAAAAUGGCAUUGUCUCUUGAUAUCCUCUUCAUAGUUUCUGCAUUUAUCUUUUCUGUGAUAAAUCCAGCACAAAGUGCCACAUCAGAUGGCCCUUUCAUCCAAUCUCGAGCAGCAUACUACCCAGAUUCUGAUGACAAAGGAUCAGAAACUGGGAGAUGUGGAUAUGGCUCAUUUGGAGCAACGAUUAACAAUGGAUAUGUAGCAGCUGCAUCUGAUCUUUACAGAGAUGGUGUAGGCUGUGGUGCUUGUUACCAGGUGAGGUGCACCAAUAGUAAGGAUUGUUCAGAUGAAGGAGUGAAUGUUGUUAUAACUGACCAAGGAUCCAGUCAUGGAACAGACUUCAUUAUGAGCAAGAAAGCCUUCAGGAAGAUGGCUCAAUCUACAUAUGCGGAAACAUCUUUACUAUCACAAGGAGUUGUAGAUAUUGAAUAUACAAGGGUUUCAUGCAAUUACCCGAAGAAUAACAUCACCAUCAAGAUAGAUGAGAGCAGUGACUACCCGUAUUACCUUGCUUUUGUCAUAUGGUACCAACAAGGCCAAAACGACAUUACUGCUGUGCAACUAUGUGAGACAAAAAAUUUCGUUUGUAAACUGUUGGAUAGAAGCUAUGGAUCAGUUUUCACAACAAACUCUCCACCUAGUGGAUCAUUGUCUUUAAGAAUGCUAUUUAGUGGUGAAGAUGGAGAUGAAAAAUGGGUUGUUCCGGUUAAUAUAAUACCUGAGAAGUGGAAGAAAGGAGACAUAUAUGACACAGGGGUACAAGUGGAAUAAGAAACUAAUUCAACAUACCAUCAAAAAUAUAUACGAGAAUAAGCACAGAGUAAUUUGUCUACAGUAUGUCGGUUUAAUUUUUUUUAAUAGUUUUAAGAUAUAAUUAUAUUGAUGUUAUGAUUAUUUAUUUUCUUCUUUAUUUUGUUAAAAGUUGUACCAAUGUUCAUUAUCCUUUCAUUUGUAAGAAUUGAUCACCAACCUACAUUAAAAGUGUAUCCAUUUAUUAAGGGUCUUAUAUACACCGAUUUUUUGUGUA